CUUGUAUAAAAGACUCCAAACCCAAUUCUGGUUUUGUUUACACUAGUGUAAACUCAGAUGGUGCUGGAGCAUGUCACAGGCUGCCGCUUGGGCCCUGCUCUUUCUCAGGUUCAGAAGCCUGUGUUUGCCUACUGCUUGUCUGUGAGUACAUUUCAUAGUUUAAAACUCAAUAUGCCCACGAUGCAUUCCAAAAAUCCACUGCUGCUCAACUUGCCAAGCAGUAAAAUUAGGAUUUAUGAAGCAAACAGACCCACAAAGUAAAAAAACCUCAAGAUUUUUGUAAUCUAUAUGAACUACUAUUAUAUUGUUGGAGGGGUGUUGGUUCUAACUGCAGCCUGCAAUGCCUCAUAUGCUUUAUUUUAAAUAUAGAAUUGAUUUUAAAUAUAGGAAGUUCUUGAUUACGCAAAAUUUUAUUUCAAUCAAGUGUUUAGAAAACCAUUAAGUAGGUUCUAAAUAGAACAGUUUUUGAACCUAUGUCCCUGUGGCCGUCUGUAUGCUGUGGUUGUUGAGGCGGGAGGAAGGGUAUUGGGUGGGGUGUUUUGUGGAGGAGUGGUUUGGGUUUUUUUGGUGUAACACAAUAAAAGGACUUUUCAGUUGAGCAGCCAUCUCCUUCUGCAGAGGAAACUUGCAGGUUAAUGUUUAUGCUUGUUUUAGUCAUCAGAGGUGAAGUGCACAAUAAUGGCCAGCCUGUGUUUCUACAAUUGGAGGAUAUUUCUCAUGAUGAAGGAAGUCUCCAAGGUCAGCAGCUACAAUACCCGGAGAAGUUACGUCACAAACAUCACAGGCCCACAGCUGCACCAGGCUGCUCUCUCCCCACCCCUUCCCCCCGCCUUUUCUUUUUGUACACUCUCUCUCAGCUUAAGUGUUGCUCACACCUCUUGCAAGUAUACCAUGGAUUUGAUUUGGGCUUGUGUUUGCUGUGUUAUUUAGCUGUUAAACACCCCUCCAAAAAAAAACCAAAACCAAACCUGAAUGAGUGCUUUUGAAAAAAUCUCACUAUAGUUCUCUGAUAUCCUGUACAUUCCCAAAUUCAGUUUGUCUACUUCUGUUUUUGCAGUGAGAAUUAUGUUGUACUGUGAUGAUAGUAGCAGAAGCAGCACCUCCUGGAUCUAGUCUGGGCCUGUGCAUUUUACCUCUUGUCAUGUGAUGAGAGUGGGCAUGACAGCUCACACCUCUCUGUUGAGCUGUGUAUAUGUGAAGAAGAAAACUUUGGGCUGUUUUAGCAAAAUCUGCAUGAGGGAAAAGAUAAAAGGCUAGAUCUUAAUUUUUAUAGGUCACUUUGUAUCUCUCUUUACUAUGCGAGUUAAUCUUACUGGUACAUGUAGUUCUGGAAACUCCUGAUACAAUCUAUUUCUCUCUUGGUACUUUUGUGUGUGUGUGUUUCUAUACAUGAUAUUUCAGUGCAAGGACUGUCUUUUAUAAUCCUGCUUUUUGAAAGUAGUAUUUUUCACCAGUGGUUCAGCUAUUACCAAGCUCCUUACCAAAUGGCUAUUAAUCUAAAUUCAGCUUGUCUUAUAAUGGCAAGAAUAAGGACACUCCUUAGAAGCCUACCUGUUAAUUUUAUUUGUUUUCUAACCUCCUGGUGAGGUUUGCCGUUGUUCCAUCAAAAGGACAGCACAGUGAGAGAUUGCUCUGCGUACUCCUCAUUGCUGCAGACCUUAUUCUGUUUAUACCCAAAACUCUGACUCAGUACUGUUGAUGUCAGCUCAGUCUUUCCCUGGCUUCAUGUUGUUCUGAAUCAGUCUAUAAACCUAAAAUUCAAAGCUUCUUCUAACAAAGAAAACAAAACCUUUUUUCUUCAGUUCUCAACAGAACUUGUGUUGUGGUUUAAGCCUGUUGUUCACGUCUAAUCAUGUUCACCAGUGAUCAUUUCAAGCAUCAUAUAUUAGAGUGAAAUUACCUAGUAUUCAAUAUUUCCUUGAUUGCGUUUGGUUCAUCAACAAUUACUGCAUUUAAAAAGGGCGGUGGCGUUCUGCCGUCCCUGCUCCCUCGCUCUGCAAUUGGGAAGGGUGGUUAGGAAGGGUUGUAAACGUCAUCCAGGUAGCUAAGGUAAUCCCUGGUAUUUAAGGAGGUGAGAAUAAACACUGGUCUUCUUUUAGGUGUGGACAGGUAUGAGAUUGACUAGUCCGAUCCAACCUAAGGAGAAUUUGUAAAGCUGAGGACAUGUGUUUUGGAAGGUGUGCUAGAUGUGUUGGUUAUAAGUUGCUCAUCCUUGCCCUGCUCUGCAUCGUGGCCAACAUUUUACUUUAUUUUCCCAAUGGCGAAACAAGAUUUGCUUCAGAGCAUCACCUUGGCAAAUACGUAGAGUGCCUUCAUGGCAUUCUAGGUGGAGGCUUUCUGGUACUCAUUCCAGCUGCAGUGUUCAUUGGGCUGCACAAUGGGGACUGCUGUGGCUGCUUUGGCCAUGGGGGCUGUGGGAAGAGCUGUGUGAUGCUGUCCUCGGUUCUGGCAGCCUUUGUUGGGAUCCUUGGCUCUGGAUACUGUAUAAUCAUUUCAGCACUGGGCUUGUCUCAAGGACCAUAUUGUUUUACCCACCUACAGAGAAACUGGAUCUAUCCUUUCACUGAUUCCUCUGGAGGGUACUUGUUUGAGUAUAACAAGUGGUCUGAAUGUCAAGAACCUCAAAACAUCGUGCAGUGGAAUGUCACCCUCUUUUCCAUCCUCCUUGUCUUGGGAGGAAUAGAGUUCAUUCUGUGCUUCGUACAGAUAAUCAAUGGCAUUCUUGGAGGACUGUGUGGGUUGUGCAGUCACGAGGAGACAUAUGUUUGCUAGAAACCUGACAAUGCAUUGACGUCGGUGGGUGUGUGUAUAAUGUAAUGAGUAUUCUGUGG